AUGAUAAGAUUUUCAGAAUCAAAUAUAGGAGAUUUAGUCAUUGAAGAACUAUAUCCAAAUUUUUAUUUUCAACACAGUUGCUGGCGUAUUUUACUUAUUCUAACAGCAUUUAUUAGUUUGACAAUCACUUGUUUUUUUAACAGUUUGGCUACUAGUGGUUCUAAUAAUUUAUUUACACAACGUACAGAAGGUAUUAGUGAGAAUCAUCUAACUGAAUUUUCACCUGCUCGUUGGACAUUUAGUAUAUGGGGUAUUAUUUAUAUUUGGCAAGCACUAUGGUUAAUCUAUGCUGUUACUCGUAUACCAAGAAAAUCAAAUAUAAGUUAUUUAUAUAUUGUUCCAAAUACACUUCAUUUUAUAGUUUUUGUAUUUUUUAUAAUAAAUAUGAUUCUGAAUAUUGGAUGGCUAUUUAUAUGGGAUCGUGGAUAUUUUGGUUGGGCAUUAUUUAUCAUGUUCUUUAUGUUUAUAACGAUUCUUAUACCUACAAUAAUAACUCAUAUUCUCCUACAACCAAAUCGAUCAAUUUAUUUUAAUUCAAAACGAAAACUAGAUAUUUGGCUUGUACGAAUAUUAGUUCAUAAUGGGUUAGCUGCUUAUAGUACAUGGCUUUAUCUAGCAACACUACUUAAUUUAACUAUUUGGUUUUCACAUAUGUAUAAUAAAGAUUUUCCAUCAGUAACUGAUGCAUCGACUGCAGCACUUGUUUUUCUCUUUGUUGGAAUGAUAGGUUAUUUUAUUUGUGAAAAUAUUAUAUUUUAUUGUUCAUUGGCAUAUACAUUUUCACCAUGGUUUGUUUUAUUAUAUGCUCUAUCUGGUGUUCAAUCAAACAAUAAUAAGAGAAAUGAUAUUGCUGAUAGAAAUAGACUUUAUGCAUCUGCUUUACUUAUUAUUUGUUGUAUUUUAUUUAUUGUUCGUCUUGGAUUAUUUAUUAUGCGUUAUGUGAGAAAUCGUAUUCCAACAAUACGAGAGCCGUAA